CUCCUCUCUCUCUACCUCUCUAGUCCGGUGUUUUCCUCCAUUUGUCUGUUUUCAAUAUUUUUAUAGAAUUUCCAUCUCCCUGGCGAUGUUCUCUCACAGAGAUCUUCAUGAAGAGAUCGAGGAUGCUAUGCUGGAAUAUGAAACAUAUGACAAGUCCUUCCCUUUGCAAAAUGAUCUCGAAGAAGCCGUUUCCCAUUUUGAUCUUCAGAAAGUCUGCAGAAUCCUUGACAAAGGCAUCGACUUGGAGAAUGCAACGAAACAUAGGACAUCGAUUCUUCAUUUGGUUCUGGAAUUGGCGGAGAAGGAGGAGGAUGUGUGGGACGAUGUCCAGCAAAUAUUUGAAAAACUCUUGGCAUUCGGUGCACCAGUUAACAAACAAGACAGAUUUGGCCGGACACCACUUCACCUUGCGGUCAGUUGUGGUCAGUCAUCACAGAUAGUGAAGCAACUGAUAGAGAAAGGUAGCAAAGUUGAUAAACAGGACAAUGCCGGUUGCACUGCCCUCAUGAUUGCCUUCCUGGUGACCCACUACGACAUCAUCGACAUCGUCACUCACCUCUUGGACUCAAACUGCCAGGUGAACCUUCGAGAUCAGAACGGCUGCACAGCCCUCCACUAUGUCUGCAUGAACAAGAAAUAUGAUACAAAGACAAGAUUCCAGAUUCUCAACAAAUUAUUCAGUGCUGGGGCCAGAGUCAAUAUUCGAGACCACGAAGGUUACAGCCCUGUCUGCUAUGAACUGGACCAAGUGUUAAAGAAAUCUCAAGCUUCACACGGAAAGUACACCAAGUGUGACUUAACCAUUCUCCGACGACUUCUUCAAGGUGGCGCCAUCAUUGAUUGCAGAGCCUAUGAGAAACAGGGCGUUUGGUUGCGGAAUAUCCUCAAACAAAACCUCAAUUUAUUGUAUUCUGUGCUGGAUGUUGUGACCCCGACUCAGCGCCACUGUAAACUGUACCAAUUCCGGAGGUUUCUCACAUACACCUAUUCCAAAAGUGAUCAUUUCUGCCCAGACACCUCCAAGAAGCUCAUCGAACACAUGUACCGACCGAUAAACUUAAAACUUAUUUGUAUGACAUACAUCCGAGAUAUUUUAAAGGACCAACUGCACCAGCGAGUGCAUCUGUUGGAGAUCCCUAUAAAACUCCAGCAUGAUAUUUUGAAUGUAUGAAGUAAGAUGUUGAAGCCUGGCCCCACCCAGCCCAGCUGACCCCUUAAGAGCUUGUGAAAAACCAGAUAGUAACAUCAACCCUACCCCCAACAACCCUUUGAAUUCUCCGGCCCAAUUCAGCCCAACUGACUCCCUAAGGGUUCAUGGACUAUUAGAAAGUAACACCAACCCCACCUUAAGGGGCCUUUGAAUUCUUGUCUCAUCCACCAUAUAUAUUUAUGUUAGUGGUUUCUUAAGUGCUGGAUCUUCAACCCCACUCCCAGGGUUUAUAAAAAUUAGGGUCCUUACUCACCACAAGGGUUUAUAAAAUGCUUCGUCUUAAAAACCAACCUUCAAGGGUUUUUAGCAAUCUCAGUUUUAGCCCCAGUUUCAUGAGGUCACAUGUUUGAUUAAUUUGUUAGGGAUCUCACCUUCCCCCUACCCCCACCCCACAUACACCAUCACACAUUAUGGUUUAUACACCCAAGAUUAUAUACCCUGGCAUCUACUUGUAAGACAGACCUUCCAAAGGGUCCAGCUGCAUGGUUCCUUUGCCUGCUAGAAGUAACAGCUAUGUGUCCCUCAAAUCACUCUUCAAACAUCCUGUAAAAAAAAAUUAGACUGUCACAGCUGGAACACACAUACAGUCAUAGAUCUGCUCAUUCGAGACUGACCUAGGGCUAAACAACACAAACCCCUGGCUCACUGUGACACUGUGUCCACUCUUUUUCCCUUCUACUACUACGGUCUCUGCUCCUCUCACCUAUUAAACUGGGUACCAUUCCCACAUAAGCCCAUUGCUCCCACCUCAAAACUAACCACCCAAUCCUUCCCCUUCACAAAUGCCUUCCACUGGAGUACCCUACAUGUUUUCCUCCCAAAUCUGAAAUGGCAGAAGUUCAAACUACCCCACCCAUCCCUACCCCUACCCCACCAGUCAGUGAGGGACGGGGAGGUGGGUGUCAGGGGCCAGGGGUACUGCUUCACAUUUCUAAAGUAACUUGUGGAAUAUAAUUUAUACAUGUAUAUAUAAAUAUAAAUAUAUUAUUCUUAAACAAAAAGGUUGUUGAUAGUGACUUUGAAGUUUUGGCUAGCUAAGCCAUUGUUGGACUAAUUGGUUUUAGUAUAACUGAACAUAAAAACAAACAUUGACAUAAAUAAAUAAAAAUAAAAGCCCCUUCAAUCGUUGGGCGAUAUCCUGUGCUUGCGAAGACCUGUCAAUCCAAGUGAAGCCUUAGUCAUGGCCAGGCACCAUUCAAGUGUUUGGCCCUCAUGGAGACAGGUGACCAAGACCUUUGGCAAUAUCCCGUGCUUGUGUUGACCCUUCAGGCCAAGUGAGACUGUAAUUAUGGCUGAUGCCGGUGUCAAAUCAAUGGCACGUAAAAGACAUCCUCUACACUCUUGGAGUGAUUGGUGUUAGGAAAGGCAUCCUACCAUAGACACCUUGCCAAAUCAGAUUGGAACCUGGUGCAGCUUAUCAAUUAUUAGUGGAAUCGUCCAACCCAUGCCAGCAUGGAAAGCGAACGUUAAAUGAUGAUGAUGAUAA